AUGGCAUCAAACCGAGGCCGCUUCGCCUCUCGCACCGCCUUCGAGGCCCUUCAGGUCGAGGAGAUCGAGUCCGAUGAGGAAGAGAUUGUCCAGGAGCAACCCAAACAAGUCAGUCAGCCUACUUCCAAAGCUUCACCCUCCAAGAACGCUUCUGCGACCACCGACAAGAAGUCCGCCAAGCACAAGGCUAGCGUCAAGCCUGCUACCACUCCCGAAUCUCAGCCGCCCAACACCACAACAGAGACUUCCAAGCCAGCCAGCAGCAAAGAGCCUACCAAGUCCGCUGCCACGAAUCGCUCUAACGGUGUAAAUGGUCAUAAGUCCAUCGCCUCUGCCGCAGUCGAGAAGCUCGGUGCACAGAGCAAAGUUGUCCCCACUCCUCCUGCACCUUUUGCCGCCCAGGCUCCCAAGCAAGGAAACGAGGCUGUUCAGCAUCCAGCACCUUCCCUUCAGCCACCGCAGCCUAAGGCCGAGUCCAAGACCGAGCCCAAGACCGAUCAGCCCCAAUCAAUCCUGAAUGCCGCCAUCAAGACCGUCAGCGCCCAACGAUCUGGAGAGUCCAAAGUCCAGACAUCUCAGUCUACUACUCAGAAGCAGCAGAGCCAGGAAGAUGCGGCCGCGGCCUCCAAGGCAAAGUGGAAGAAGAUUUACGAGAGAACACUCUUCACUCUGAUCAUGAUUGCUGGCUUCGUCGCACUUGUGCUCCUCGGUCAUCCGUAUAUGAUCUUGCUCGUCAUGGUUUCGCAGACGCUCGUCUACCGUGAGAUUGUCGCCCUUUUCAACAUCCCUGGCAGACCCUCAGUCACUGGCGGUGGAGGUACAGGACGUUCGAGCCGUGUGUCUUCGGCUCCCACCAGCGCUGCUACUAGCGAGGAUGAAGAGGAAGAGCGUAUCCAGAGCCGUCUCGAAGGCCGUCGUGAGGAGCUUUGGAGCAAGGCACUCAGCUGGUACUUCUUCGCCGUCGCCAACUACUUUCUCUACGGCGAAUCGAUCAUCUACUACUUCAAGCACAUCGUCUUUGUCGAUGCCUACUUUAUUCCCUUUGCCAGGCACCACCGCUUCCUUUCUUUCAUGCUCUACGUGUUCGGUUUCAUGGCCUUUGUCUCGAACCUGAAGCGACGCAACCUGAAGCACCAGUUCGGCUUGUUCUGCUGGGUGCACAUGUCGCUCCUUCUCAUCGUCUUCUCGAGCCAUUUUAUCGUCAACAACAUCCUCGAAGGUCUCAUCUGGAUCUGGGUCCCCGCCUCGCUUGUCAUCUGCAAUGACGUCUUUGCCUACAUCUGCGGUAUGAGUUUUGGAAAGACACCCUUGAUCGACCUCAGCCCCAAGAAGACGGUCGAAGGCUUCGUUGGUGCAUUCAUCGUCACCGAAAUCUUUGCUUAUGGCUGGGCCACCUUCUUCCAGCGAUACAACUACAUGAUCUGCCCUGCUGUCAGCCUUGGCAUGAACGCUUUCAAGGAGAUCACCUGCGACGUCAAUCCUGUCUUCCACUGGCACUAUCUGCCUCUUCCACCCGCUAUCGCCUCGUUGGCCUCUUCCCUCCUCCGUCACCGCGUCGCAGCAUUGCCCUGGUCCUACUUCCAGCUUCACGCUCUCGUGAUGGCUGCUUUCGCAAGCUUGGUCGCUCCUUUCGGUGGUUUCUUCGCUAGUGGCUUCAAGCGAGCCUUUAACAUCAAGGACUUUGGCGACAGCAUCCCCGGUCAUGGAGGCUUGACCGAUCGAUUCGAUUGCCAGUUCUUGAUGGGUCUCUUCUCCUACGUCUACUACUCGUCCUUGAUUCGCGAGCACCACGUCACUGUGGGCUCGGUGCUGCAGACCGUGGUCACUCAGCUUACGCUCGAGGAUCAGAUGGAGCUGUACAACGAGAUCAGCCGCUACUUGGUCGGUCAGGGCAAGCUGGUCAAGUAA